AGGUCAUUGGCGAUCACUGAUACUUUACUAAAACCGCCAGACACUUUCCAAAUGUCGGACAACGAACCGCAGUCCCAGCCGGACUCAACGUCCGAGCCUUCACCCCACAGCUCUCAUAUGAAGACGAUAACACCAGCUCCUGUGCCAAAAACGUACAUUCGCAUGCCAAAGAGAGGAAUUCCGCCAAAUCCUAUGCCUGAGAACUAUGUCCGUCUGGACCAGAUCACUGAUGAGCUAUAUGAUAUGUUUUGUAAGGAAGUCAUCGAUGAGGUUGAGCAAGAAUGCGGUCCUCAAGAACGAAAAUUGUUAGACAACAUGUGUUCUUCAGGAGAUUUUGGGGCAGCUGUGGACUUUUAUGAUGAGAUACUGGGGGAGCUGCCGGUUGUGAUGGUUCACAUGAGAACGUCCAAAGUGUUUUUGUCACCAUCACUGAGGGAGAAGUGCAUUGAGAAAGUUAUUGCCGUGAAGAAAACUGAGUCAAGUCCCAUCUGUGCCGCUCUCGCACAUAUUCAACAGCUUUUUGUCGGAUUCCCGCCAGAGAUUCGGCUACGCCACUUGUUAGUUGCCGAGCUGGAAAGACAGGAGCCUGGUACUUUAUCCGAGGAUGACAAGCGACUGAUGGCACUUCCUCCCUCAGCUCGCUUCACUGCAAGACCGGGAUUACUUCUUCGCCGUUGCAAUGCUCUUCCAAGUCCAGGUGCAGUUGCGCGAAGGACGUCUAAUAGAAUAGCCAAGAUCAAAGAGAAUGCUGAUUCCAAAGCUGACAUCGUCACUAACUCUACAAAUACACAAUCUCCUGCGCCUGCAGGCAAAUUGCCCCCCAAAGUGAAACCUUUGCUUAUCAACCUAUUGGUUCCACUUGAAGACCGAAUCUAUGAUAAAAUCGCCGAUGUUCUUGCUGAGAGAAUCACGCUAGAAAGCGUUGAGGAUGAAUCUUUACGGGUUGCCAUUGAAAAUAUACGAGAUAGCGGAGAGAUUAUGGUGGAGGAGUGGUUAGAAGAACAAUUCUUCUGUCCACCUGGAUUGCGUUUACGCGCUAAUGAUGACAUCGGAAGGAUUUAUCUUAGGAAAAGCGAAGUGUCAGAGGUAUGGCGGAUGUGUUACGCUACACUAAGUGAGCGACCUCAAUGUGAAAUUUUGAACGCCGUUGAUGCACAGUACGUCGGGAUAGCAACUAAAGCAAACCUGAAAGAAGUUUCAAAAUAUGACUUACUGAAAGGAGCUCGAGUAGUGUUUCCAACACCGCCAAGAUCCAUCGGGAGAAAACCCAUGCAAUACGUGCAGAUUGACAUCCUGCUUAUGGAGGAAACUGUUUAUGGUGAACGAUCUUACAGUCAAGCGCUGUUCUUAACGGAUCUGUACUCUGGCUACUGCUUUGCUAGAGCACUGACUGACUGUCCUGAUCUGGCUAUAAUUGUACGGCACGUUAUGGACAUCUUUGGAUCUUUUGGACCACCUGAGGCAUACCGAACUUAUUCACUCGAUUACACCCAAGUCAUUGCCGAUGUCAUGAGUGAUAUUGAACGCCUAUUCAAAAUCUCCAUCAAAAACAUGGGUGUUGGGGGAAACCUCACCCGUGACCUUGUUAAUGCACUGUACAAACGAGCAGCAACGGAGCUACAGGCUACGAAUCGUUGGGUUGAAGCGCUGCCAUUCGCUGUUAUCGAACAAAAUCAACGUCCAUCAAAGUUUUUUGACCCGACACGGACUCCAUUUGAGAUAAUGUUUGGGCGGCACGCUUGGAGAGAUGAAGGUUGUCCGCCAUGGGUCAAUCCUCCAGCGGAUGAUGACGGCAGUGAGCAGUUGCGUAAAUCAGGGAAGAAAAUCAAGAGACAUUUUGCGGAAGAAGGAGAGGAGUUUGAAACAACGCAGUUGGAUACUGUGAGGGAUCUGAAAAUGUAUGCGAAUUCGCUAGUUGAGAGCAGGAAAAGGAUCAAGAAUACAGCGGCGCCUGUUUACGUCCCGGUGUUCAGUGAUGAAGGUAAACUGAUGAAUCCAGGAACCGGUUACAUGUUCCAAAUCUUCGAUCGGGUCUAUGUACGUAAUCCACACUUUCAAUAUGACUGUAGGUCAUCAAAACAACGUCCACAUAUCGCUCGAUAUUAUCGAGGCAUCAUCGUUGAUAUAGAUGAAGACUUAGUUGAUUCCAUGUAUAAGAUACUGUACUGGGAGGAUGACCCACACGAUAUCGAUGCUAUGAGCUCUUCCCAGUGGCCAGCUGCUGAUGACACUUACGAUUGUACUUCCUCAUGGUUUGGCCCAUGGGAUGUCACUGCAUCAACAGCACAUCUAGCGAAGUUACGUACCGUACCAGUGGAGUAUUCCGCAGAAACUAUUGCGUGCAAGCGGCGAACAAUUGAUGCGCGUUGCCGAUGUGAUAGUCCUGGUUGUGUAGGCUUUGCUAACUCACGAUGUCCAAGAAACUUCUCUGCCGAAUGUUGCAUGAAGAAUUCAUACGAUUGCUGCUAUCACAGGAGAGGCGAAAGACAUUUUGAGCUUGAUCAUCGUCGCACUCCGGACGCCCGGUUUAAUGUGUAUUCGCAUCAGCGGACGCGAGCACCCAACACCUCCGCGCCAGCUUUUCAUGUCAAGGUGGAAAAUCUUGCAUCGAGCUCUGAAUCAUCGCCAUACGAAUAUGAAAUGGAUUCGCAAAAAAGUAGCGCGCGAUCCUCACUAAGCUCUUCACAGGCGCAACCGGAGAAGCGGUACACCUUUAGAGAUGGAAUUCUCGUAGAAGUUUCCGAUCUGGAUUUGGAAGCACCACCACGAAAGGGUGCACCACCGGUGAUCAGAAAAAGGCGAAUAACUGAUUCGCAUGAGGUUGUGGUGCCAUCCUCUCGAUCGCGGGAUUCUUGGUCUGCCGAGAGAGAUGCCGAGUCUACAACUUCGCAAGAGACGCAUCAUGUUCAUUUUGCUGAUCCCGAUCCAGAAUCUGCCACCCCUAGUCCGACACCUUCUGCAUGCUAUGAAGUGGAGAUCAGCCCUGGCGAUUCAUCACAAACAGUGUCUCACGAAGUGGUCUCAUCAGUCUCUCAAGACACUCCUCGACCCAGGAGGGUCUCAGCCCCGCGUCUGCGAGAUGAUGAUGUGGAUCAUGGCGGUGUGGACUGGGAUGUACCAGAGAUCUCCCUUCGACCAAGAGUUGUACCACGUCGUGAUCAUCCAUACGAGAGAGCAACUCCUAUCUAUAGACCUGUGAGCCCAACUGCGAAAUUUCUUGCGCUAAACUCAAUGGCUCAGCGAUUGGAGAAGUCCGCAGAAAAAAGGUACUCGGCUCGUGCGGCUGGAAAGAAUGAGAAUGGUACAAAAGCUGGUUACAAAUUGGUGCCAACUUCCAGAGAAGCUACUCACGUGCACCCCUUCGACGCAGAAAUGAUGGCUGAAGGUAAAAAUGUCACUAUGAUGGAUGAUGUCGAACAAGAUCCCAUUGAACCAGCAACUCAAACUCCGGUUGUUACUUCCACCAGCGUUCCUCGUCGCAUUUAUGUAGUGAAGGCUACAGUCCCUGAACCUUCCCAAACCACGUCAGAAAGCAGCUCCAAGUGAAACAUUAGAGCAUGUACCUAAUGGUGAGGGAGUUUACUAAGAGCUGUCAGUAGCGAUAGAAGUCAUGCAUUAUGUUGUACUUCACUGUGCUAUGUAACAAAGCUUAUGUUGCCGAAGCGUAAUAAAGUAGUUAGAGC